UACAAAAAUGUUAAUAAUAUAAGGAGUAGAGUUCUCUUCCUAGAUUUUGUGAGGGACAAUCGCAAGGCACAGCUGACAAGAGACUAGACGUGUAAUAACGCGGUUACUCCUCUAGCAGGAUGUAUUGAAGAACAGAACAUGAAAAAGGCAGCAGCAAUGAUGCUGGUAGUGGUGGUGGUGCUGGCUGCUGUCUCCACCACGCAGGCCCUGACCACCGAGGCACAGUCCUCCCAGCUGUUCAUUCUUCCUCUAACACACCAUAACUUUAGCUUCGAAUCUGCAGGAGUGUCCUACAUGCCUAGCCUUCUGAACAUGCCUGAUCUGCCCAGCUGGCUUCACUACUCCUACUCCCCAGCUGUUUUCACUGGCUUCAUCUAUGGUGUGCCACCCGAGGGCCUGCAAGACUUCCAGGUGGAGGUGGUGGCACGGGACACUCACACAUAUGAGACAGCUCACCGAGUGUUCAGGGUGGAUGUCCAGCAGCAGCCCCGGAAGCCAUUUGAGGUGGGCUUCAAAAUCAAGAACAUGAAUGUGGAUGAGCUGCUGGUGGGCCACCGCUGGGACCGCCUCUACAAUGUGAUUCACAAUGACCUGUGGAACAAGAGUGCGCAUGACCUCACUGUGACCUACUUGGCCUCAGCAACCCAGCAUGGUGAUCGCCUUCCAGCCAGUCCUGAUGUGAAGGAAGGGGUGUAUGUCACCUAUGGAAGCUCAAUGCCCUUCUCUGCAGCCCUGCUGGAGCUGGAGAAGGAAGUGAAGCCUCUUUGGGACCAUCACCCAUGCCCUUCCUACUUCAAGAAGGCUUCAUAUGAGAGAUUCUUCCGCCAGCACAAUUUUGCCGUUGACUGGUGCAGCUUCAGACUGUAUAACAACUCCCUGCAGUCCGAGAGAAUGAGACAGAACAUGAUUGUGGAGGAGGAGGAUCUCAGGUCUCCAGUGAUCUCAGCCUUGGAGAAUGAAGGGCGUAUCCACCUGAUGCGGAGAGAUGAGGUGGAAAAGCGUUCUUAUACCUUUGACGUGGUGCACACCAUCCUUGUCCCCUUGGUGGUGAUGGUGGUGCUGCUGGGACUUCUCACCCUGGCCAUGUGCUGCCACCGAACCAACAUGGAUCAAAGCUCCAGUGACUUUUUCGACGAACUAUUUGAUGAUUUUCCGCGGAUCCCAAAAGGCCAGGACAUCCAGAUGGUGCAGUACGCCAGCUUCCACCGCGCCACUGAGGCUUUGAGGUCUCUUAAGGGGCGGGAGCACUCCCCUCAUCCCUCCACAGCCACGACCACUACCCAGGUGGACACUCUUACCCGCUCCCGCACUGCCAGUCCUUCUUCCACCCUUCCCAGGAACUCCACUCUUGGGAGCCGUCGUUUUGAGGACUAUGCUACACUGAGCCGACCAGACCCUCCUCCUUACCAGCGCAAUGGUAUGACACCAACUCGCUAAAGAACACACCUGCAACACCUGAGCCACAGCAGAACCAGGUGCAUGUAGGUGUUAGCACAUGCUGAGUUUAAUGUAGUUAGUUGGAAUCCAGGUAAUACUAACAUAUCAUUUUGCCAAGCGUAGCUAUGAAGCAUUUAUCAGGAGCUGCUUUGUCAACUGGUCUUUUGCAGUCUCCAUAUUUUCUUAUGUUCUUGUAGGAGUGGUUAUGUAAAGUAGAACUAACCAUUGUACAGGUUAUCCAAGUAGAUUAUCAUAGUCUAGUGAUAUGAAUAUGUAUUUUAUAUUAUUUUCAAGAUGACUUCAUGGAGGAUAAUGAAUCUAGUCCUAUGAUAAUGAUAAUGCAGUAGGGUUGUGAAUUAUGAAGUGCUUACCAUGUUAUAAGUUUAGAUAUUUAUUUACCUCUUAAGAUAUGACAAUUUCUAGUCAAGAAGAUAUAGGAGCAGCUUUGCUAUUUGAUUUGGAUGAUCGAAGUAUAGUAUUAUGUUGUAAAUGACGAGUAUUAUUAUGUGCUAGACAGGCGAGGUUGCAUAGCUCUUUGAUAAAGCUUUUAUUUUUAAGUAAGAAGAGCUUUGACUAAAGGCAACAAAAAAAAAGCCAAAAAGAAAAGCCCAGCAAAGGUGCCAUUUCCCAAAGACAACAGUCCAAAAGAAGAUCCAAUGUUAGGUGAAGAACCAUCUUGAAACAGUAAUGCUGUGUUAGAAUUAAGAGGGCACUGCUCCUCUGGCCAAAGCAGUUGCUGUGUGUAGGGAUCAAACUUGCAACCUUUCAGCUUUCAACUUACCACUUAGCCACCCAGGCCCUUUGUUAUCAUCUAGUCAUACCCAGACAUCUGUGUUGUGUUAUAAGUUGUUGUCAGCACACCUUAUAACUGUUGCUUUGAGGAUGUUUUUAAAAGUGUGUCAUGGAAACUCUAUUUGAUCUGCGGUACAUGUGACAUUGAAAAUGUUUCAUUAUCAUCACCAUUCUGAUUAACAUCCAUCAAUAAAUCUUUCUUGUGAGAAGGGCCUGUCUGCACGGAAUCUUAAAUUGUAGAGGAGGGUGUAAACGCACAGUAAAAGAAUGCUGCCAACAGUGUGCAUCUAAACCUUCCUCUACAAAUCUUUUGUGUUAAAUGGUCACUAAUUAUAGCUGACUUCAAGUUUUAUCACUACUUAUAUUUUCCCACAUGGAGCUGAAUGCCUCAUGAGUCUUUUGCUUAUUGAGGUGAUAGACCAUCUUUUCCUAUUCAUCCUUCUCAUGCCUUCCUCCACAUACUACUAUCAUCAAGUCUUUUUCAGUCUAAAGCUGCCAGUUGUUUUGUCCCAGCAGGAAUUAUUUGUGCUUAUUUUUGUACAUUUUAUUUUCUGUAUGUUUAUGGUAGAUAAUCUCUUCCUUGAUGUUCUUCCUUCUCAUGCCUUCCUCCACACACCAUUUCCAAGUCUUCACUCUAAAUCUUCUGGUUCUUUUGUCCCAUCAGGAAUUAUUUGUGUUAGAUACAUAUGUCACUCUUCUGCCAAACAUAUUUAUUGUCUCAACAUGGGUUAUUUUGAAAGAUACCUGUGUGGUUUUGUGAGGAAUAAGUUAAAAUACAGAGGAUUAACAGUAACAAGGCAACAGUACAAUUCUUGCACCCUAACAGCUUUGGUUACUACAUAUGCAGAUGAAAAUAUUCAUCAUCAGCACAAAUGAAGCUUUAAUACUCUCUUAGAUGUAAUGUUGCAUAGUAUGUUACCUUACAGCUUACCUACAAAACAGUCAUGUAAAGUAAGCUUGUCUUUGUUGUUUUAUUGACUUGAUUGGUCGACUUAAGUUAUAUCAUAUCGGUUUAUUGAUAUCAGUAAGUAAUACUGUAUACCUUUUAUCAGAGUUAUCAAAGUUACUCUUAGUGUUUUAAUAUAAUCUGUCAACUGGUUUAUUUUUACGACAAAUUUGUGUCUUGCAGAGAUGCAUAAAGCAGUGUUAUUUAUCCAAUGCCUCUGUAUGCUUUAAUGCAAUGGCUUCAUUUCCAAAACCAUUAACUUCCCUUAGAUUGGUCUUAUAGUGAGGUAUAUUGAAAUAUCUGCAAAACUUUCUUUAAAUCAGCAUAACUUUUCUACGGAAAUUUUCUAAGUCAUAUCAGUGCAGUGUUGAGUGUGUUAGUGGCACUCUGAGUUAUGCUGUAUUAAGUGUAAGGAGUGUAAAGUUAUUGGCAUUAUCUAGUCAGUCUAAAUAAUUUCAUGUAUUCUUGUGGACUCAAUACAACUCUGGAAAUUUUAAUA